GACUUCCUGUAGGGCCUCUUCUAAGUCUUGAGCCUGCAGUUCCUGAGAGAAGAACCCUGAAGAACAGACGUUCCCUCGCGGCCCUGGCACCUCCAACCCCAGAUAUGCUGCUGCUGCUGCUGCUGCUGCUGCUGCCCCUGCUCUGGGGGAGGGAGAGGGUGGAAGGACAGAAGAGUAAACGGAAGGAUUACUCGCUGACGAUGCAGAGUUCCGUGACCGUGCAAGAGGGCAUGUGUGUCCAUGUGCGCUGCUCCUUCUCCUACCCAGUGGACAGCCAGACUGACUCUGACCCAGUUCAUGGCUACUGGUUCCGGGCAGAGAAUGAUAUAAGCUGGAAGGCUCCAGUGGCCACAAACGACCCAGCUCGGGCAGUGCGGGAGGAAACUCGGGACCGAUUCCACCUCCUUGGGGACCCACAGACCAAAAAUUGCACCCUGAGCAUCAGAGAUGCCAGAAUGAGUGAUGCGGGGAGAUACUUCUUUCGUAUGGAGAAAGGAAAUAUAAAAUGGAAUUAUAAAUAUGACCAGCUCUCUGUGAAUGUGACAGCCUUGACCCACAGGCCCAACAUCCUCAUCCCCAGUACCCUGGAGUCUGGCUGCUUCCAGAAUCUGACCUGCUCUGUGCCCUGGGCCUGUGAGCAGGGGACGCCCCCUAUGAUCUCCUGGAUGGGGACCUCUGUGUCCCCCCUGCACCCCUCCACCACCCGCUCCUCAGUGCUCACCCUCAUCCCACAGCCCCAGCACCACGGCACCAGCCUCACCUGUCAGGUGACCUUGCCUGGGGCCGGCGUGACCACGAACAGGACCAUCCAACUCAACGUGUCCUACCCUCCUCAGAACUUGACUGUGACUAUCUUCCAAGGAGAAGGCACAGCAUCCACAGCUCUGGGGAACAGCUCAUCUCUUUCAGUCCUAGAGGGCCAGUCUCUGCGCUUGGUCUGUGCUGUUGACAGCAAUCCCCCUGCCAGGCUGAGCUGGACCUGGAGGAGUCUGACCCUGUACCCCUCACAGCCCUCAAACCCUCUGGUACUGGAGCUGCAAGUGCACCUGGGGGAUGAAGGGGAAUUCACCUGUCGAGCUCAGAACUCUCUGGGUUCCCAGCACGUUUCCCUGAACCUCUCCCUGCAACACGAGUACACAGGCAAAAUGAGGCCUGUAUCAGGAGUGUUGCUGGGGGCGGUCGGGGGAGCUGGAGCCACAGCCCUGGUCUUCCUCUCCUUCUGUGUCAUCUUCAUUGUAGUGAGGUCCUGCAGGAAGAAAUCGGCAAGGCCAGCAGCGGACGUGGGAGAUACAGGCAUGGAGGAUGCAAACACCAUCAGGGGCUCAGCCUCUCAGGGUACCCUGACUGAGUCCUGGGCAGAUGAUAACCCCCGACACUAUGGCCUGGCUGCCCCCUCCUCAGGGGAGGAAAGAGAGGUCCAGUAUGCACCCCUCAGCUUUCAUAAGGGGGAGCCUCAGGACCUAUCAGGACAAGAGGCCACCAACAAUGAGUACUCAGAGAUCAAGAUCCCCAAGUAAGAAAAUGCAGAGGCUCGGGCUUGUUUGAGGGUUCACGACCCCUCCAGCAAAGGAGUCCGAGGCUGAUUCCAGUAGAAUUAGCAGCCCUCAAUGCUGUGCAACAAGACAUCAGAACUUAUUCCUCUUGUCUAACUGAAAAUGCAUGCCUGAUGACCAAACUCUCCCUUUCCCCAUCCAAUCGGUCCACACUCCCCGCCCUGGCCUCUGGUACCCACCAUUCUCCUCUCUACUUCUCUAAGGAUGACUACUUUAGAUUCCGAAUAUAGUGAGAUUGUAACGUGUUUGCCUCUCUGUGCCUGGCUUAUUUCACUCAACAUAACAUCCUCUAAGUUCAUCUGUGUUGUUUCCAAUGACAGAGUAAUGUAUUGAAUAAUUCAAAAUAGCUAAAAGAGAGGAGUUUAAAUGUUGUCACCAAAAAAAAAAAAAAAAAGAUAAAAAUUUGAGCUGAUGGAUGUGCU